AUGCCGGAUACUUUUAUCAAGUACAAUAACUUCUCCAAGGAGGAUGAAGAUCAGAAAACUCUCUUUGAGCACGCUUAUGGCGGUGAGUUUAGCGAUAAUCAAAUUGGAGGUAUUAGUGCCAUUCCGACGGCUAUCCCUCUCAGUGGAUUCAAUACUCCAUAUGUCCCAUCUGGUCGGUGGAAUGAUUUAGGCAAACUAUGUUAUGGCCAGAAUGAUUCCCAUGCUACGAGAAACCCAGGAGAGAAAUUAGCGGAAAAAAACAUCCAUGAAGUCUCCAUGAAAGCGUAUGACACCUACCCUUCUUGGAGUGGGAAGGUUCCCAUCAGUAAACAAGAAGUGGAGGCGAUUUUCUUGCAGUUAACAGAGAUCUUCGGGUUUCAGUUUGACAGCACAAAAAACAUGUUUGACUAUUUCAUGCGCCAAUUAGAUUCUAGGGCCUCAAGAAAAACACCUAGUGCAGCAUUGAAAUCUUUACACUCAGAUUACAUCAGUGGUAUCAAUGCUAACUUCAGAAAAUGGUAUUUUGCAUCUCAGAUGGACUUGGCUGAUUCCGUCGGAUUUGACAAUUUCACCAGUGAUGGAAGGGUGAAACCGAGAGCCGACAAAUUUGCAGAGGAUUUACAGUUUCAUUCUUUGAAACAAGCAGAAAGUAGGUGGACAGCUAAUAUGAAUUCAUUGUCAGCAACUGACUGCGUGAUUCAAGUAGCAUUAUAUCUUUUAUGUUGGGGAGAGGCCAAUAAUAUCAGAUUCAUGCCAGAGUGUUUAUGUUUUAUUUUUAAAUGCUGCAAUGAUUUUUAUUAUUCGUUGGAUGUUGACAGUCCAGUCAAAAAUGUUACUUCCAGCUUCUUAGAUCAUGCAAUUACGCCUUUAUACAACUACUACAGGGAUCAGUCGUAUACCAUGGUCGACGGAAAACUAACUAGACUUGACAAAGAUCACAAAGACAUAAUUGGUUAUGACGACAUGAAUCAGUUCUUUUGGAACUCACGAAGUUUGAAGGGCCUUACUUUGAAAGAUAAACACAAAACGAAAUUAAUGAAAUUGCAUCAAUCAGUUAGAUAUCUCAAGUUAAAUGAAGUAUCAUGGAAGAAGGCAUUUCGAAAGCUGUUUAAAGAAAAAAGAUCUUGGUCCCAUGCAUUGGUAAAUUUCAAUAGGAUUUGGAUUAUUCACAUUUCCGUGUUUUGGUUGUACACUGUUUAUAAUUCACCUACGUUUUAUACAAAGGAUUAUAAGCAAACCUUGGAUAACAGACCCACUACUCAAAUGAAACUAACUAUCAUGUCACUUUCAGGAGGUAUUGCCAGCUCCAUUGAUAUCAUUUGUUUGUUUUUAGAGUUGUCAUUUGUUCCUAGGGAUUGGCCAGGAGCAUCACCAUUUUUAAAGAGAUUCUUUAUUUUGCUAGGAAUUUUCAUAUUAAAUGUAACCCCAACAGCAUACUUGCUUGCAUUUCAUCCUUUGGAUUACGUGAAUAAAUAUGGAAUUAUUCUUACUUCUUUCCAGUUUGUCUUUGCAAUAUUGACAGUAUUAUAUUUGUCAAUCACUCCAACUUGCUAUUUAUUUGGAAAUGAAGGAGACAAAACUGAUAGAAGGUAUUAUGCUAACAGAGUUUUCAACGCCUUUUAUUAUGAAUUAAAGGGAACUGAUAGAAUGGCAUCCUUUGGAAUAUGGGUAUCGAUAUUUAUCUCGAAAUUUAUUGAGUCUUACUUCUUCCUCACACUAUCACUAAAGGAUCCUGUUAGAGAGUUAAGCACAAUGAAGUUGAACAGAUGCCCCGGAGAUGUGUGGCUAGGAUCAUGGGUGUGUUCAAAGCAAGCACUUCUUGUAUUGUGUUUGGUCUAUGUCACCGAUUUAGUCUUAUUCUUUCUCGAUACAUAUCUUUGGUAUAUUAUCUGGAAUACGAUCUUUUCAGUGUGUAGAUCAUUUUAUAUUGGUGUCUCUCUCUGGACUCCAUGGAAAAAUAUAUACAGUAGACUACCAAAAAGGAUACUCACAAAGAUUACAUCAACUAGGGGAAACAAGAAUGUGAACUCCAAGACUUUGAUUUCGGAGAUUUGGAAUUCAAUCAUUAUUUCAAUGUAUCGAGAGCACUUACUCUCUAUUGAGCAUAUAAGUAAACUCAUUUAUCAGCAUAUACCUGAUACAGAGACUGAUAAUGGCUAUAUCUUGAAGGAGCCAAUAUUCUUCAUUUCGCAAGAAGAUCAGUCUCUAAAUGUAUCAACAUUGGGUGGUCAUUCUGAAGCCCAAAGGAGAAUUACAUUCUUUGCUCAAUCAUUAUCUACCCCAAUGCCAGAGGUCUGCUCAGUUAAUGCAAUGCCUUCUUUCUCUGUGCUAAUUCCUCACUAUAGUGAAAAAAUCACUCUUACCUUAAAGGAGAUAAUCAAAGAAGAAGACCAGUACUCUCAUAUUACGAUGUUGGAGUACUUGAAGCAAUUACAUCCCUUCGAAUGGGAAUGCUUUAUAAAAGAUACUAAAAUGCUAGCCGAAGAAUUUGAAUCAUCUGAAAAUUCCCCUGCUGACUUGUUAGACUACAAAAAGGUUGAAGAUAUCUCAUACCACUCAGUUGGAUAUAAAAUUGGAACUCCGGAAUAUACCCUUAGAACUAGGAUCUGGGCCUCUUUGAGAUCGCAAACGCUAUACCGUACAAUUUCUGGAUUCAUGAACUAUCCCCGUGCUAUUAAGUUAUUAUACGACGUUGAGACAAAUACAGGAAAUACUUCGAAGGAAACUGAAGCAAUCAAGUUCGAAGAAGCUGCAAUUAUGGCACUUAGAAAAUUUAGACUCAUUGUUUCAAUGCAAAGGUUGUCAAAUUUCAAUGAAGAUGAAAAAGAAAGUACCGAAUUCUUAUUAAGAGCAUACCCUGAGUUACAAAUAGCAUACUUGGAACAAGAGUUGAAUCCGGAAACGGGAGAAAUCGAAUUUUACUCAUCUUUAAUAGAUGGCAGCAGUGCCAUUUUUGAAAAUGGAGACAGGAAACCCAAGUAUCGAAUUAGAUUAUCUGGAAAUCCAAUUCUUGGUGAUGGAAAGUCGGAUAACCAAAACCAUGCCAUCAUAUUUUCAAGAGGUGAGUACAUUCAGCUUGUAGACGCAAAUCAAGACAACUAUUUGGAAGAAUGCCUUAAAAUCCGAAAUGUUUUGGCUGAAUUUGAGGAUCUACCUCACUCUUAUACAGACGAUCCGUGCUCAACAGCCGAUGUCGAGGGUACCAUCUUUGAGCAUCCUGUAGCAAUUAUUGGAACAAGAGAAUAUAUAUUCUCUGAGAAUAUUGGAAUAUUAGGGGAUGUUGCUGCUGGAAAGGAACAAACUUUUGGAACUUUGUUUGCCAGAACAUUAGCACACAUUGGUGGUAAGCUACACUAUGGUCAUCCUGAUUUCUUAAAUACUAUAUUCAUGACAACCAGGGGGGGGAUAUCAAAGGCUCAAAAGGGAUUGCAUUUAAAUGAAGAUAUAUAUGCUGGUAUGAAUGCUGUAAUGAGGGGAGGUCGUAUUAAACAUUGUGAGUAUGUCCAGUGCGGUAAGGGAAGAGAUUUAGGUUUUGGUUCAAUUCUUAACUUUACCACUAAAAUUGGAGCAGGAAUGGGAGAGCAGAUGCUUUCCAGAGAAUAUUUCCACUUGGGCACUCGGCUACCUUUGGAUAGGUUUUUAUCCUUCUAUUACGCCCAUCCUGGCUUUCAUUUAAACAAUGUAUUCAUCAUGUUAUCAAUCAAAUUAUUUUUAUUUGUUGGUGUUAAUUUAGCGGCAUUGACAAAUGAGUCAACGAUUUGUGAAUAUAAUAAAAAUAGACCAAUAACUGAUUUAAGAAAGCCAGCAGGUUGUUACAACUUAAUUCCAGUGGUCGAAUGGCUAGAAAGGUGUAUCUUCUCAAUCUUCAUUGUGUUUGCAAUUUCGUUUAUUCCACUCUGUGUCCAAGAAUUAACUGAAAGGGGGUUCUAUAAGGCAACAACUCGAUUGGGGAAGCACUUUGCAUCGUUUUCUCCGUUGUUUGAAGUAUUCGUUUGCAGAAUUUAUGCUCAAUCCUUGGUCAGCGAUAUCAAUAUUGGAGGUGCUAGAUAUAUCGCUACCGGUAGAGGAUUUGCAACGAUAAGAGUUCCAUUUUCAAUAUUGUACACUAGGUUUGCCUGUGAAAGUCUAUAUUUUGGAGCAAUAUUGUGCCUUCUAGUAUUGUACACGUCAAUUUCAAUGUGGACAGCACCAUUAAUUUACUUCUGGGUAACAAUCGUUGGAUUAUUAAUCUGUCCAUGUUUAUUCAAUCCUAAUCAAUUUUCAUGGAAUGACUUCUUCCUUGAUUAUCGAGAAUUUGUGAAGUGGUUGCACAGAGGAAACUCGAAGUCAAGAAAUUAUUCUUGGAUUGGUUAUACAAGAAUGGCAAGAAGUAAAAUAACAGGUGUGAAGCAGACUAUAAAAAAAAAGGGAAUUGUCGAGAUGAAGGGAAUUAAAGGAGAAAACUCAAAAGUGAUAGAUGAUAUCAAGCCCUCCGUACUCAACUUAAUUCAAUCGCAGAUAUUCUCUGAUACCGUGGGAAUAGUAAUUGUUGGCUGCGCUUACUUGUUUUCGAACUCACAAAAUGAUACUAGGGGAACUUAUCCAUCUUCUGCCCUUGUCAGAAUACUAUUAAUUUCCAUAUGCCCUAUUAUUUUCAACAUAGGUAUCUUAUUUACUUUCUUCAUUAUUUCAUGUAUAAUUGGGCCAAUAGGUACACUUAUUACAAGAAAAUUCCCAGCCUUCAUUUCAUCAAUAGUUCAUGCACUUUCGGUAGUAAACUACAUCAUGCUUUUUCAGAUCCUUUGGUAUAUGCAAAAUUGGGACCUUUCCAGGACUAUAAUCGGUUGUUGUUUAGCAAUAAUGAUCGAAGGGUUCAUUUUGAAGUUGGUAACUAUUAUAUUUAUUUCAAAGGAAUUCAGCCACAGUAAAUCAAACGCAGCUUGGUGGUCAGGCAAGUGGAUCACAUCGGGCUUGGGGUGGUAUGUGUUGUCACAGCCAUUGAGGGAGUUUCUUGUUAAGGUUUCCGAAUUGAGCUAUUUUGCCGGUGAUCUAAUAUUAGGGCACAUCAUCUUAUUCUCGCAACUACCUAUUAUAUUAGUGCCAUAUAUUGAUACUUGGCAUUCGAUGAUGCUAUUUUGGUUGAAGCCAAUACAUCAAAUCAAAUCAAAAGUUUUAACAAAGGAUCAAAAAAGAAAAAGAAACAUCAAGGUUGCUUUUUCAAUGCUUUUGUUUAUAUUCGCCAUGUUAGCUUUCGUAGCUGCAAUAAUUUUACCAAGAAUUCUCAUUCUGGUUUUGGAUUUAGACUUGGAUGAGUAUAUUCCCGAUAUGCUUCAAGAAUUGAUUCAACCCUAUACAAUCGUCAGCAGCCGAAAGGGGAUUCAUAGUAAUCACUUGAAGAUUCAAACUUAA